UAGUGACACCUACACAACUCUGCCGGAUUCCGUUUGUAACAUUCUAAACUCCUCUAAUGAUAAAUAUCCAAGAUGCGAGCCUACCAUGGAUGAUAUUAAGCCAAUUGGAGUUAUACUUGUUACAUCUGGUAGUAAGGGAGAUAGGCUAUUAUUUAGGUACCCAUUUGAAUCCGGGGAAUGUGAGACAAACUCCAAAAGUCAACAAAGCAACAACCCAUAUGCUGUGCAAAUAUCUGAAGACAUUCAUGACUUGCGGAAAGCACCAGCUUCUUCACUUGCAAAUGGCAACUUAUUUGGGUAUUCAGAGACUGUGUUAGCCAACUUGCUGGCUGUCAAGUCAACACUGUGUGGGAGAAAGUUUGAGUUGAAAAUUGAUGAUGUUAUACUUGUUGGCCAUCCUACCCUCCUUGAAGUGGCAUCCUCCUCUCAGCAACAAUCUUCUAUGAUCUCAUUCAAUGUUGUAUUUCUACUGAAGUCAAAUGCGCAUACAUCACUGAUCAACAGUUACCAUGACUUGGCCAAACAGAUUGCCAUAGCACUGAGGCAUGAGGAAAGACGUUGUAGCUACCUGAACAGGGAGAAGGAUAUCAUGGUAGCUGUCCAAGAUGAACUUGCUAGCAUGCCAGAAGAUUGCUUGGUAUCUCCAUUCAAGCUUAUACUGGAAAGGAGUCCACUAGCUAAGCACUUCAAGCACAUAUAUGACAAGCUCUGCAGUAAUGGUAUUGUUCAUUUGCACAUAAACAACUGGAUAGAGGUGAACUUUUGCUUGCCACACAAGAUACACAACAGUACAGGAGAUAGUGUGAAGAUACAGCCAGAGGCAGUUAAUAAAUGUAUCAUAGCCCUCAGGCCUUAUCAUGGUAUCCUGUUAACAGUUGAUGAGAAUAAACUAUUAGAGUCCCUCCCUCCAGACUGUAGUCCUGCACUUAUAAGGCUUGUCAAGAUGGCUAGUCCUAUCAAAAGUCUGCAGAAAUUAGCCAGUGACACAGAUAUAUCUCUUCAACAGGUGUUCCAGCUAGUAAGCCAUUUAGUUUACUGGGCAAAAGCCAUGAUCAUUUACCCUUUGUGCGAGAGCAAUGUUUAUGUAUUGUCCCCUGACACCAAUACAUUCAAGAACUCUGAACUAGUAGAGAAAUUUGCUGAAGAGUUCCAGGGGGUCGCAUUGUCAAAGAUUUUGGCUGAGUUCUCCCUCCCUACUCCCCUAGGAGAACACCAGGAUGUACUGGGUCUCCCUCAGCAGCAGGCACAGAAGAUCCAGAUGGUUGUUUGGAUGCUUCAGCAUAGACUGUUGGUUCAGUUACACACCUACAUCUUCCUGUUACCAUCCUCAGAUCACUCAUAUACAGGAAAACAAAAGCAGUCAAGCAGUGGACCGCCACUAAGAAAACUAUCUCACCCUACAGGCCAGUUCAGGACAUCAGCGUCUGCAGAGGAACUACCACAAAUCCUCAGGACAACACUGAGUGCGUCUGAUGUAUCUCUAGUCAUGGAAGCUGGUAGCAGUCCUGUAGACGAGGGCUCAGUGUUCAACAAGUACAAGCCAGUUUCCGAAACCAGUCCCCCUGCUCCCGCAGCUCCUCUCUCGCCCAAUGGUGAGGUAGUUUUAUCAAAGUUAGCACCUCCACUAAGGGAGAAAAUUCUCAACCUCCCAGCUACAAGGAACACUGAAGAUCUUAGAUUAUUUGUCAAGUUAUUUCCUUACUUCAAUGGAUACCAUCACCUAGAAGAGAUUAUGUACUAUGAGAACAUGAGAAGAUCUCAACUACUUAUGUUAGUGGACAAGUUCAGAGACAUUCUCGUAACAUGCACUCAUCCAGAACCACAUACCAAUUACCACAUUAAAUUCUAGCAUCUUGUCAUACUGUACCUCUAGUUAUUUUAAUGUUAUUUUUGUAUAUUUAUAAAUUACACUUAAACAAAUUUCAAAAAAUCCCAUGAAACGAAUAUAAGAGCCAGAAGUACAGUAUGUCUCUAAAUGUGCAGAAGUUCUGUCAAUAUAGUCCAACCUUGGCAGAUAUUUUAAAUGAUCGUUGACAAAGAGAUUACUCUGAAUUCAUUGUUCAUAUGUUGAGAUUGACCAGUUUAGUUGUCCAGAUUUAGUUGGAACAGUAGCAACAUUUUGGUUUUCAUGUCAAAAGCUAGGCUAGCCAUAAGUAUAAUGGUACUCAACUGUGUUCACUGUGAACAUGCACUUAGAACUUAAAUUUUCUCUGUAUGUACACAUUCUAUUAUCACAUCAUUUUCAGAAUUCACUCUUUCAGUUUCAGUUUAGCUAUAUAUAAGCAGAGAUAUGUUGAAAAUAUUUUCAAAUGUAUACAAAGUCAAAAUACCGGUACCUGAACAGAUUUAAAUGAGAAAAUCAAAAUUUUGCUAAUGUUUCAACUAAAUCGGGACAACUGAUCAAUUUCCAUUCAACAUAUGAACAAUGGAUAUAGUUUUAUCUUCGUCAUUGGAUGGACACUAUAUUAAAGUAUAUAAAAAUAUCUGGAUUUGUCAGUUAUCUAGACACAUAUGGAAAGCAUUACCGAGUGUUUCUCCAUUUUGGUGUUAGACUUAUGUGAAAAGUUAAGCGUGUCACAGUUCAGCGAUGUGGCUUCCUUUGAUCACCGUGGAAAUUAUGAUGAACAGAAGUGAACUUAAAACAAGAAUCAUAUCUACAGAGGUUUUAAAAUCUGCCACCCUUGUUGACAAACAGACAGUCAAGUGUGAGAUGUGAAAAACUAUGGUAUUGAAGGAUGACAUUAGUUGUGUAUAAAAGAUACAGGAAUAAAAAUUUAAUCUUUAUCAAUAAAUAUUUACAUUUUUAUUACAUUUUAUGUUUACUAUAAAACAUAUAAUACAUACAAUGUACAGCUACAUCAUGAUGAUAAGUCAUUUACAAACAUUAAAUAGUAA